AUGCCACAAGAAAAAGUAACAUCUAAUCAAGCACUUGAAUGGUGUCAAAAUUUUCUUCGUGGUGCAUGGUCAACAAUCACUGUUGAAGAAAUGUAUAUGCAACGAAUUCAUGGUGGUCUAUCGAAUUAUCUCUAUUGUUGUUCAUUACCUGAUCAUAUUGAAUUACAAGGUGAUGAACCUCGAAAAGUGUUAUUAAGAAUCUAUGGUGAAGCUCAUAAAAAACAUCGUGGUACUCUUUUGGUUGAUAGUGUUGUAUGUACAUUAUUAUCCGAAAGAAAAUUGGGUCCACAUGUUCAUGGUAUAUUUCCUGAAGGACGUCUUGAAGAAUUUAUUGAAGCUGAAUCAUUACUUGUAUCAGAAAUUCGUGAUCCAAAAAUUUCACAAAAGAUUGGUCGAUUACUUGGUGAAAUUCAUCAACUUGAUAUGCCAUUAGUUAAAGAACCGAUUUGGUUAUAUAGUACUAUUGAACAAUUUCUAUCGGAUUUACCAACAGAUAUACAUAAAUUUGACAUUGAAGAUGAUCGAACAAUAUUUCAACAACUUCGAUCUAUAUGUAAUUUUACUGAAGAAUUCGAAGAAUUAAAAAAAAUUUUAGCAAGUGUUCAAAGUCCUGUAUGUUUUACACAUAAUGAUUUUCAACCAGGAAAUAUUCUUCGUAUAAAAUCUCGACCAGAAAAUUAUACUGUUAUUGAUUUUGAAUAUUGUUCAUAUAAUUAUCGUGGAUUUGAUAUUGGAAAUCAUUUUUGUGAAUUUAUGUUCGAUUAUAAAUCAUCAAAAGAAUGGCCAUUUUUUAAUGUUGAUUUUUCUCUUUAUCCAAAUAAAAUUCAACAAACUAAUUUUCUAUCAUCAUAUGUUGAUGUAAUAAUUUCUACACAAAAUCAAUCUAUUUCUCAAAUGAAUGGAACAAGUAAUGAAGCAUUAUCAUCAACAAAUAAUAAUAAUAAUAAUAAUCGAGAAGAAUUAAUAAAUCAAUUAAUGAAAGAAGCUAAUUAUUUUACAUUAGCUUCACAUUUCUUUUGGACACUAUGGUCAAUUAAUAUGGCAACAUCAACUGCAAUUAAAUUUGGUUAUAUGGAAUAUGCUCGAGCUCGUCUAACGGCAUAUUAUUUAACACGUAAUUUACUUAUUGAUGCUAAUGAAAUACCACCACGUUUUAAUGAAGAUAUACUUCGAUCAGACAAAAAUCCUUUUAAAAAUUUUUAUAUAAAAGCAGAUAAUGAAUAA